AUGUCAGUCAAUGUUUAUGGUUCCCAGGACAAAGCUGUCGAGCAUGAUGCUGCCGACAAACUGGGAAAAGUCGCCGCCUUUCUUCAACAUCCGAGAGAACUCAGCCGGGAAGUUGUUUACUCCAAUCCCCAGUGGCUUACGCUUCCUGGCCGUGACCGAAAUAUGAACCAUCUCGUCGGAACCUAUAUCAACGACGAUUCUCUGUGGGCUGCCAGAGCAAGAAUUGCUAAUGAGAUCAACGGUAUCCUGGAUUCAUUGGACGAGAUGUCUUCUGAGGCCGCACUCCAGUUUUACCCUCCUUUAGGUCUAAGAUCCAAGCUGAAGAGGCAUCAGAUACAGGCCGUUACCUUCAUCCUCAAACGAGAACCUGGAAACCGGUUUUCUCAAGCUUCGAAAGCUAGUGUCAGCACCUCCAUGCGCCCACGUAGCCUAGGAGUUUCUCAAGAAAAUCACGGUGGGCUCAUUGCCGACGUGAUGGGAAUGGGCAAGUCACUUACAAUCCUCACAACGAUCCUAUGCACUAUAGAGGAUGCUCGCAACUUUCCCCAUUUCUCUUUCCAGUCGCAAAACGUCGCUGAACCAGACCAAAGAACACCAACACAAGCCACUCUGGUUGUUGUACCCUCAGCGCAGCUCAUGCACAACUGGGCAGCAGAGAUAGCGAGUCACAUGCCUGGAGCCCUCAAUCUCAUCCUGUUUCAUGGUCAAGGUCGACCCAAGAACCCUGAGUCGCUGGCGUCAACUGAUGUGGUUCUUACUACGUACGGAACGCUUGCUGCUGAUUACAAGAAGGCUGGCUCCGGCUUGCUUCAGAAAAUGGACUGGUAUAGAGUUGUUCUCGAUGAAGCACACUGGAUUCGAAAUCCACCCUCUCAGCAAUUCCGAGCGGCUACCAGUCUUAGCACGAGCCGCCGAUGGUGCUUAACGGGUACUCCCAUACAGAAUAAGCUCGAUGAUCUGGCGUCUCUCGCCCAGUUCCUUCGAGUCCCGCCGUAUCCUGACAAAAACGUGUUUCGGAAACAUGUGCUUGAACCUCUUGAAAAGGGGAAUCAAGGAUGUGCUGAUCCCUUACGGUCAUAUCUUUGCCAGCAUUGUCUUCGCCGCACCAACAAGUGUCUUAACCUACCCAACUUAUCCGAAAAGACCCUCUAUCUGCAACUCUCAAUGGAGGAACAGGAGACAUAUGACAAGAUUAUGAGCACCGCGAAACGUGCACUGGAUGACAUUGUCAGUACCGCCGACAAGACCAAACAGGUCAAAAAGGAGAAAGUCAUCGUGGUCUUCAGAACUCUUACAAGCUUGCGUAGGCUGUGCGACCUCGGAACGUUGCCACCUAUUCAGUCUUUGCCGGGCGACCCCGGACAGCCAAUCGAGGAUGCCGACAUGCUGUGUGAGCUUUGUUCAUCGCAAGAUGCGGAUGAAUCUUUGCUGUUGAAGGAUCAUCAAUUCUGCCCCGAGUGCUCACGACCACUUCGCUCCAAAAGAUCAGCAAGCAAAACUGGCUAUCUCACGCCAGCCAGUUUGCCAGGGAAUGUCAGCGAUCGCGCAAUGAGCCCCCUCAUCCUGUCCAUGGACAAUGGCCACUCGACAAAGCUCUUGAAGGUCAGAGACAACGUGCUCCACUCCCUCCAAGCUGAACCUGGCAUCAAGCAUCUGAUCUUUUCCGCUUGGACAUCAUCCCUCCGCUAUCUCUCCCAGCUUAUGCAGCAAGCUGGAAUUCCUCACGCACAGAUCGAUGGACGAACCAGUAACGCAGAGCGUCUGAGACAUCUCAAGGCUUUUCAGGAAGACCCUCAGGUCCCUGUCCUCCUCAUGUCAAUUGGCACAGGGGCUGUCGGCCUCACCCUCACGGCAGCAAGCCACGUCCACAUCAUCGAACCGCAGUGGAACCCCUCGGUCGAGGAACAAGCCAUUGGCCGAGCGCGACGCAUGGGUCAAACGAAGGAGGUCGUAGCGACGAGGUACAUCAUGAAGGGGACUGUUGAGCAGAGUAUACUCUCCCUCCAACAAAAGAAGAAGAACAUUGCUCGCUUCACCUUUGGUACGGCCAGCGGUGAUGCGGUGAGCGAGAGACUGGAUGACUUCAAAUUCGUUUUGGAUGCCAAACUUUCGUGA